AGGAGACCAUCGGCGCCGCCGUGGUGCCGCCCGAGGGGACGUCCAAGAUGGAGGUGAUCCUCAGGCUGCAGGGCCUGCUCGGGGUGCAGCCGAUGAUAGUGGAGUGCCCCAACGUCAUGACCAUCAGCCUGGGGAACCCUGGCCAGGUCAUCCACCCCGGCGUGACCUACGGAAAGUGGAAGGACUGGGACGAGCAGCCCCUGAAGGCGAAGCCCCUGUUCUACCACGGCGUCGACGAUGCCACCGCCGAGGUCCUCGAGGGCAUUUCGGACGACAUCCGGGGCAUCUGCAGGGCUCUCGAGCCGAUGGCGGUGGACACCUCCCAGGUGAAGACCAUCUUCGAGUGGUACAUGGCCUCGUACUCCGAUAGCAUCACGGACUCCAGCAGCCUCAAGGCGGCCAUGAACACGAACACGGCGUACGAGGGCCUGUGCCACCCGAUGAAGGAGGUGGACGGGAGAUACGUGCCGGACUUCCAGUUCCGGUACCUGAGCGAGGACACCUACACCACGAAGGACAUCAUGCAGCAGACCAAGAAGGAUUCACAGUUCGGCCAGGAGGUGGAAGUCAUGAAUGACAAGUUGAAGGAGCUUCAGGAUCAGGUCAACGCACUCAGCCAGGCCAGGGAUGUAAUCGCACAGGGUGCUGGCGCUGCCAUGGCAGACGGUUCCGCGGAGGAGCGAACGAAACACGUUUUGGUUUUUGGUUUCCGGGACAGACAGGAAGCAUCCAAGGUUGAGCAAGAUGUUACCACUAUCCUCGGAAAGGUGCUUGGCAAGGAUUCCUCACCUAAGGUCUCUACUCUUUCUAACCCUACCAGAAGGGGGGUGACCACUUAAAGCAGCAUCCGGGGCAAAAUCGACUUCUACAAGGCAGCCAGGGACUACGCAGACCGGUCUAUCUUUGGUGAGCUGUUCUUCAGGAGCAACCUGACCAAGGCGGAGCGCGCGCAGGUCAAGAGGAUGGGAUAUCCCAGGCACUUUUUACGCGACACUGAUGAAGGGGAGGAGGAGGACGUGUAGGUGAUUUGGAGGAACAAGAUGGUGAAGGUGGGAAGGGGGAAAGUCGCAUGGCUUGAUGACGACGGGAGGUGGCACCCAACCAAAACAGCUCAACACGUUGAAGAAAACGUGGGCGCUGCCAUGAAGAAGUGGUGGAAGUUCGACAGGACCCUGUCACGGAGAGCGAAUGACGGGAGUUUGCUCCCGCAUUCAUCGGUUCGCGAGUUAGAUUCAGAUGAUGAUUAUUUGCAUAAUUGCGACGACGUUGUUACUCGCAUCCCCGCGCUGAACGUUUUUGUUUACAACGUCCAUUCCUUCGUGGAUUUUGACGCGCGCUUUGAGGCCAUUAUGUUUGGGCUGGGCGACCGCAGCUGGGACGCAAUCGUAUUUGUGGAGACCUUGGGAGAGCAGCGGCGAGAGGCCUUCGAAACGGAGGGCGGGCACGCGUGGCUAGGAAGUGGGGCGUGAAGGGUUCGAGCGGAGUGGGCAUUUUGCUGCGCAGAAGAUGGGGGUAUGAGAGUUUCAGUGCUGUGUCGAACAGAAUUGUGAGCGUGAACAACCAAUCCGCCUCUGUCGAAGGACCCGGCCAC